UCGCGACCAGCUCUCCUCGGUGAACGUGCACGGACCAGGUCACUUUGGCUGCGUCUACAAGGGAGUUCUGGUGGAUAAGGUUGAUGGAGAGAGGGAGGUGGCCGUCAAGACGCUCAACAACCCGCUCAGUGAGGAGGAGGAUGCUGGACCCUCGUUCCUGCAGGAAGGGCUCAUGAUGCGCGACUUCAACCACGAGAACGUUCUCACGCUCAUCGGCGUCUGUCUGCCGGAGAAGAAGGAAGGUCCGAUGGUGAUCCUCCCCUACAUGAAACACGGCGACCUUCUCUCCUACCUACGCAACGAGAGCAACAAUCCGACGGUUCGGGACCUGCUCCGGUUUGCGACGCAGAUUGGCGAAGGCAUGGCGUAUCUCGCCGACCUCAAGUUCGUGCAUCGCGACCUCGCUGCACGAAACUGCAUGCUUGACGAGAACCUCGUGGUGAAGGUCGCUGACUUCGGCUUGCGCGACAUCUACGAGCGUGACUACUACAGCGCAAAGGACAAGAAAGCCAAGCUUCCUGUCAAGUGGAUGGCGAUAAGAGAGCCUUGUAGAAAGGGCACCUAUGACACGAGGAGCGACGUGUGCAAUGCCAAAAAUUUCCACACCAGAGAUAAGAUGUAG